GCGGCGGUCGGCGUCCUGUGGCCCCGCGGCCAUGCCCAAGCGGGGCUGCCCCUUCGCGGACGCCGCCCCGCUGCAGCUCAAAGUCCGCGUGGGCCGAAAGGAGCUGAGCCACGGCGUGUGCGCCGAGCGCUACUCUCGGGAGAUUUUCGAGAAGACCAAGCAACUCCUUUUCCACGGGGCCCAGGCCUGCAGGAACUAUGUGUGGGGUGAAGGCUGUGCCAUCGUCCACCUGCCAGAGUCCCCAAAGCCCGGCCCUACAGGUGCACCUCGAGCUGUAAGGGGGCAGAUGCUGAUUGGACCAGAUGGCCGACUGAUCAGGAGCCGAGCCCAGGCCCCUGAGGCUGACCUGUCGGGGGCCACAGCCAUCGCCUGUUCCUCAUGUGUGCGAGCUGCUGAUGGGAAGGUGGUCUGCAGCCAGUGCGAGCGGGCCCUGUGUGGGCAGUGUGUGCGCACUUGCUGGGGCUGUGGUGCAGUGGCCUGUGCCCUGUGUGGCCUUGUGGACUGCAGUGGCGUCUGGGAGAAGGCCCUGUGCACCAGCUGCGCCAUGUUUGAAGCCUGAGGCUCCUGUGGACGGCACACACAUCCGUGCUGAAGAGGGCAGGAGUGGCUUGUGUGUUGCAUUUUGUACCCUGAUGACAGAAUCAAAUAAACCCCUUUAUAUUUGCA